AGUCGUGUAGAAUCAUUCCGGGCAGGCCUGUUCUUCAUUAUUUUGGUUGCCAUUUCUAGAAGAAGAUAUCUCAGUUACUUGGAAAGAAGAAUGGCUUUUGGUGCAUGUUUGGCAAAACAUCUGGCUGAAUCAGUUGAUUACAAAUUUCUUGGAUACUCAAAUCUGGACCUCAAAUCCAAAUCCAGCCCUGGUUUUCUUUCACCCCAGUGCAGUGAGGUCAUGUGCCAAUUGACUCCCGGCACUGCACUAAAAUGGCUGAAAUUGUAGUUUACUGCACCACGAGCGACUGGUCUGGAGUCUGCAGUGGUGCCGAGGGGGGACUUACAGGGCCAGCGCACCCAAAAAUGAGCUUAAGGAACUUCAUCCCAGGGGAACAAUGGUUCCCGGCCGGGAGCCGAGCCUUUUCGCAAGCACCCGUUCCGUCUCUAGACUGUCGACUUCUGACGCAUCGCGUAAACAAGCGCUGAAGCAGACGGCGAUUCACAGAGCAUCUGAAGCAGCUGAAGCCUCGUUCAGUCUCUCUGAGACCUUGGUUGGCUUUUGCUUCUUCCCAGACUGUCUAAUGUCAGAUGCUGAGAAAUCAGCCCUCAAACACACAGGUGGCGACAUGACAUAACGAUAUAGUGUGACCAAAAGUUAUGUGACAGCAAGAUGACUCUUCUGGCUGGAGACGGCUCAGACUAUGACUACAGCGCCCUGAGCUGUACCUCGGACAUCUCCUUCAACCCCCCUCCCUCGCAGGAGCGGGAGGCCUCCAAGGGAGUGUUCUACAAGCGGGCCCGGCUCCUACCCCCAGGCGAGGAGGACGGCGGCGGCGGCGACCGGUGCCCCUACCCCGCGGCUCGCAAGCUCCACGCCCUCAUCAACGUCGGGGGCCUCCGCUACCAGCUUCCCUGGGCCACGCUGGAGGACUUCCCCCUGACCCGGCUGGGCCGGCUCCGCCUCUGCGCCAGCUUCGACGAGAUCAUGCGCGUGUGCGACGACUACGACGUGGCGCGCAACGAGUUCUUCUUCGACCGCAGCCCCUGCGCCUUCCGCAGCAUCGUGGCCUUCCUGCGGGCGGGGGAGCUGCGCGCCCUGCGGGAGACCUGCGCCCUGUCCUUCCGCGAGGAGCUGCGCUACUGGGGCGUGGCCGAGGAGAACCUGCAGUGGUGCUGCCGGCGCCGCGUGCUCCAGCGGGCCGAGGAGUGCCGGGAGCUGGACCGCGCCGCCGAGGAGGACGAGCUGCUGGGGGGCGCCGACCGAGGCGCCCGUGACCCCCUGACCCCCGAGUCGCGGCUGAGCCUCUACAUGGCCCGGCUCAGGGACAUGGUGGAGAGGCCGCACUCCGGACUGCCGGGGAAGAUCUUCGCCAGCCUGUCGGUGCUCUUCGUCACCAUUACCGCCAUCAACCUGUCCAUCAGCACCAUGCCGGCCAUGAGAGAGGAGGAGGAGACGGGCAAGUGUUCUCAGAUGUGCUACAACAUCUUCAUCGUGGAGACGGUGUGCGUGGCCUGGUUCUCCCUGGAGUUCACCCUGCGCUUCAUCCAGGACCGCCGGAAGCUGGCCUUCCUGCGGCAGCCGCUCAACCUGAUCGACGUGCUGGCCAUCCUGCCCUACUACAUCACCCUGAUGGUGGACAGCACGUCGGCGGCGGGGGAGAAGCGGCUGGGCUCGGGCAGCAGCUACCUGGACAAGGUGGGCCUGGUGCUGCGGGUGCUGCGGGCGCUGCGCAUCCUGUACGUGAUGCGGCUGGCGCGCCACUCGCUGGGCCUGCAGACGCUGGGCCUGACCGCGCGGCGCUGCACGCGCGAGUUCGGCCUGCUCCUCCUCUUCCUGUGCGUGGCCACCGCCCUCUUCUCGCCGCUGCUCUACCUGGUGGAGAACGAGGCCACGGCCUCGCGCGAGUUCAGCAGCGUCCCUGCCACCUACUGGUGGGCCGUCAUCACCAUGACGACGGUGGGCUACGGCGACAUGGUGCCGCGCAGCGUGCCGGGCCAGGUGGUGGCGCUCAGCAGCAUCCUGAGCGGGAUCCUGCUCAUGGCCUUUCCCGUCACCUCCAUCUUCCACACCUUCUCGCGCUCGUACCUGGAGCUGAAGCAGGAGCAGCAGCGCGCCACGCAGCGCCGGACCCGCUUCCUGCUGCGGAGCAAGGCGGCGGGCCUCAGCGACCUCUCGCUGGAGAGCGACGGCUUCUUCCGCAGCGAGUCCUCCGACCCCAGGGACAGCGAGGACGGAGAGGGCUAGACGCCAGGGGAGGUCUCCUUCAGCUUCUUUCUCUUCACAUUUCAUUCACUUGUUUAUUUACCUUUACUUAAGCGGGUUGGUCAACUGAGCGCUCAAAUAUCAUUGGCAGUUAUGGCCUGGGGAAAGCAAAUCAGGUAGGGAAGGCAAGGAUUGUGUGGCCAAUCAAAUUGUAGGGAGGUUAUAUAAGGUGGCCAGAUUCAGAGAGCCGUUUUUGUAGGAAAAUGAUCAAGGCAUCAAGCUGAACACUCACAUUUCAUGUUAUUUUAAACCGUAUUCUCUUUCUUAAUAGUCUGAGCACAUUAGCCACCACAUCACGUAUAGGCGUAAUAUCAUAUUGUAAUUAACUUGACUGGCAUACACAAUUGAUUUUUAUCUGGUGUAAUUUUCAUGAAGCAGUGUAUGACAUACCAUCACUGAGCAUAUCUACUGUCAAGUGUAGAUUAGGAAAACAGGACUUGGGUAAUACAAGUUUGCUUUUUUUGCCGUGCAGGUUAUCAAGUUAUUUACUAUAUGGAACAUGUCAAUAAUCAUCCCCAGCACAAAUAUUUUAGGUUUUUUAUUUUUUUCCCCCCUUAUGGGUGUUAAUCAUGUUGUUAUAUCAUGUGACUAAUAAAAAAAAGAGACCUUAAAAUGCAUAGCCAUUCCAUAAUUAAGGUUAUUGUUAAUAAACAAAUAUAAAGUGGAAGGGACUAAUUUUUGCUGGUAUAAUUUCACAGUAAUACAGCACAUUGCGGUAAUUAUACUUGGAAGCAUAUUUAGUUUUCCUUCACUUCGUAUUUUUAAAUCUGAUUUUACGCACAGCCUGAAGAGAUUAGCCUAUAGCACUGGCGAAUUGCAGGCAAAUUUUGAGCUACGGUGCACAGUGACUGCAUCUGAAUGUACUCCAGACUGUUUUCACCUCCCCGUACAGCGUGUCCCUGCUACCUCCUACUCAUCGCUCAAGAGCCUGUCGGAUUGUUUUUCCAACUUUCACGCUGUUUGCCCGACCUGACGAUCACAGCUUGUUGACCUUCAUCUUAGUUCUCACACGCCUGAAGGAGUGGCGGCAAUGACUCGAGACACGCAACUGAUGAUUUCAAAUUGAAGAUGGGGGGGGGGGGGGAGAGAGAGAGAGAGAGAAAACAAGACCAGGUUAAAACCUAGUAUAUGGCUGGACCUAACACACGUGAUCCGGCCUACCAAUGGUGUAACUUCAUAACCCGGCCGACCAAUGGUGUAACUUCAUCACUCAGUCACUCAGUCACAGACAUUUGCGUUUUUAGGGCUGGCCCCGCUGUUGCGGUUCAGCCAAAAAUAUUUCGGCACAGUUUCAAGCUAUAUGCCAGAAACAAGAAACACAAAUGCAUCUGUUAAAACGCUGAUUGUUCAAAACCAAGUGUCACACAAAAAAAGCAUAUUUCUUCCAUGAUUUAUAAUGUACUCUUACACCGUCUUAUGUGGCCAGCGUUGAUAGAAUAGCCCUUUUAACAACAUAUCCCACACGACUGUGUUCUGUCCUUCUAUCUUUGCGUUUUGGUUUUCUCACGUAAAAUGGGGCUGCAUUCGCAUUUUAGAAUUUACUUCAUAGUCUGUCACUAUAUGAGUAAAUGUAAGUAUGACCAUAUUUACUUCAUUAUCAUUGAUAGAAGAAAAUACAUAAUCUUGAACCUAGUCUGUUUAUCUCCCCACUUUAUUUGCUGUAAUGGUAAUUGCAGGUAUUGUUAUAAUGAUUUUGAGUCGCUUCUGUUUUAGACUUGUUACAAAACAAAAUGGUCCCAUAUUUGUGGUCAAAUAAACUAGUUAACAAAGUUGGAGAAAAUAAAAAUCAGUGUCUUAAAAAUCACCGUGUUGUUUGUGCCAGUACAACCAGAUAUGCCUCAUUUCGCCAUUUUAUAGUGAUGGAUCUGAGAAUCUCGUGUUUGCAUACCGUUUGUACGUCUGGUGACCUGGCAUAGAAACGUCUACGUUUUAUUUUGAUUCCUUAUACAGGUUAAACUGUAACAAGCUUGGCUCUGUUGUGAUGUAAGUGAGCCUUUUUCGCUUUCAUUGUUCUGUAAUACGGUGACAAAAUAAAGGAUCGGCCUCAAUUUC